CUAUUCUGUUGCUUAGUGAAUUUUUGUGCUUAUAAGCUUUAUAAAAUCACCAUUCUUCGUUUACAGGGCAAGCGUCGCAAUUCUGGGGUAGCUGUGUAAGCUAAGAAUACAUGGGGUAUGCACAUAUGCACAAGCAAAAAAUCUCUUAUAAAAGCACAACAUUUCUUGCUUGCCUUCCAUGAGCUCUGAUUCUUUGCUUACAGAAGCAGAGCCAUGAACAUGGGCCCUGGUAUUGUCUCCAUUUGAGUCUGGGUUUAGAGAAAUGUAUGUACUCAUGUACCAUCAGGCAUGCCAUACUGGCUUUAUAGUUAACUCUGUUUGCACCAUCAGGCAUGCCAUAGAAUCUCUAACCUUUGUGACCCCUUCCCAGUCUAUAGUUAUGUUCCAAAAGUCAAGUUGGGCAGAAGAUAAGGAUGUAUUUGUACUACCAAGCCCUGCAUACUCAUGACACAUUAGCCUAAGUGGAGUGUUGAGUUGUGUUCUACGACUACUUCAUUGAGAGUUGAAAAAGCUAUCACACUCUGAGAUAUUUUUUUGGACUCCCCUAAACAGGGAAUUUUCCGCUCUACCACUCCAACAACUCCAUCCAAGCGUCUUAUUAUCAACAUCAUUGUUCGUGUCUUUAUCAUUUUUAUCUGUAUAUUUUUAAACCAUCUUUGGGAUUGUGCCACGGCAGGAGUUGUGGGUGACCCAGUAGGCCGCACAAAAGGGGUACUGGAACAAACUACCGGUUGGUGCAAGAUACUUGGAAGCAACUGCAAGAAAAAUGGAAGAGGUAAGCGGUGUACCCGUGUUGGAUAACAUCAGAAAAGCGCAGUUGCAAUGCCUGAUUUGCUACUCCCAGUACAUCAACCCCAAGACCCUGACUUGCGAACACAGUUUCUGCAAAAACUGUCUAGAAGAAAUGAUGGAAGCCCAUCCAACAAAAAGCAUUUCAUGUCCCGUCUGCAGGAGAGAAACCUCUUUACCAGAGGCAGGAAUUGCUGACCUCCCAAAGAGCUUUUCAUUAAUUAGUUUGAUGGAAACUAUUGCUGAACAACAGCGGCUUGUUGAGCAUCAUGGUCUUAAUGGUCAAACUGUAUUAGAUAAUAUCAGCAAAGCGCAGCUGGAAUGCCCGAUUUGCUACUCGCAGUACAUCAACCCCAAGACUCUGACUUGUAAACACAACUUCUGCCAAAACUGUCUUGAAGAAAUGAGGACAGCCCAUCCUCUGGAAGAAAACAUUAUAUGUCCCAUCUGCAGAAAAGAAACGUCUUCACCAGAGGUAGGAAUUGAUGACCUCCCCCAGAGUUUUUUCUUAAUUAACUUGAUAGAAACUAUUGCCGAACAACAGCAGCUUGUCAGAUGUCUUCAGACUAAGAUAAAUUGUCAAGAUUGCGACGAGGAAGAUGAAGCUGUCAGCUACUGCCUUGAUUGUCAGGAAUUUCUUUGCGAGGUUUGUGACAAUGCGCACCAACGUAGCAAAAGAACAAAAGGUCAUGAAAAAGCUUCAAUCGACCAUCUACGCUCUGGCAAAGCAAGUUUUAAAAAGAACUCUCAGCUUCUCACGAACGUACCAAAAUGUGGAAAACACACCAACCAGAACAAGAUUUCUAUUGCAAGACUUGUUCCCUAAUGGUAUGUGCUUCAUGCACCCAGGAUCAUCGAAUACCGGUCCAUAAAGUCUUUGGUUUAUCACAAGCCACCGAAUCAAUCAACAAUAUCAUUAAUGAACACAUCAGAAAAGGAGAGGAGUGCCUACAAAAGUUUUCUAAUAAAAGACAACUUCUUGACAUGUUAUCCACUGAACACCAAGAAAGUAUAAAGCAAAAACACAAAAUUAUCACUGAUGAUGCAGACAGAAAAGUUGCUGAACUCCGUAGAGAGGAACAAAAACUUAAAGACAAAGUGACACGAUUCUGUUACCAAAAGGGCAAUCAAUUUCAAUUAGUUAAGGCCUGCAAUAGUAUAAAAGAAGAAGAGUUAAAGAUACAGCUGGAAAAGGUGAAAAAUGACAGAAAGCAAGUCCAUGACUUUGAUCUUCUGGAAUUCCAAAAGAGUGUUGUGCAAGACAUAAAAAAACCUAUUACCUAUGUGUCUGGAUGUGUCUGCUUGAAUUUUCAAGAUUUCAAAAAAAGUUCUGACUUCACUGAUGAAGAAAUCUAUCUGAUGUUUGGGAAAAAGAGGAACAUGACUGACUCCGAGAUUUUAGAUAUGAUGAAAGUUGGCACAAGGGUGGUACGAGGAAAGAAGUGGCACUGGAGGUGGUCUCAGGAUGGUAGCCCACCUGGCGAAGGUACAAUCAUUGAAGCCCAAAAUGAAUGGGCAUUUUACGUACGUUGGGAUGAAGAUAACACAGACCGUUAUAACCCUGAUGUUCUUGAUCUUGCAUAGCUCAGCAGUGUAAGAGUAACUAUAAAUAUAAAUAUGAACAGUAACCUUGGGGGCACAACUAUGAGUAAAAAUCUCUUUUGAAGGAGUGGUGGCUCUGAAAAGAGCCGAUUUGGUUUCAACGUUUUUAAGGAGAAUGCUGGACUACUGGCGGUGGUGGAGCUUAUGUAUGGCUGGAGGGAUGCACCUUUGGGCGGGAAGGAUCAAAGCUGUUCUUGUCCGGUGAAGCGUGUGCGUUGGUUGAUGGCUGGAUGUGUGUGCGUUGGAGUGUGUCAGUGUUGUGGUGAGCUGCUGCUUGAGAAGUGGUGACCAGAUGUCGUUGAUGAAGAAUCCGAUGUCUUGUGGAACUGUGUUGUGAGCCUUGAUCUUGAUUGCCUCCCUUACUGUGCGUUGGUGCCAGAACUUGACUGGUGCGAUGAGCUAGGUCGGAGACUUGGUUUGGGCUGGCUGAAGUUGAAAGACUUGUAUCCAUUGAGUUGUUAUCAUAAAUUAAUAAAUACCUUGGACGGUUUCAAGUCUCUGAUUGGUCAAAACCCGGUCACGUUUUGGAGUG